AUGACUACCGGGCACCAGAAAACGACCAAGAACGUUGAAGCACGCAGGCGCGAGCAGCAGCGCAAGGCCUGGAAAGCUGGGCGGAAAAGAAAACAACCUCCUGCACAAUACCGUCUCAGAACUCACAUGCCAAGGGCCGGCAUGAUUUAUUACUCCGAUAGUCCCAUCAUGAACAACACGCGCAAGGAAUAUGCGGUAGCCAAGCGCCUCAAACGGGUCAUGCCGGACCCCAAAAGCCUCGACCGCCGGACCGUCGACGCAACCUUCGCGCAGAUUUUCAAAGAGGCCAAGGCGGUCCUACAAAAAGCCAACACUGGUAACGACACCGUCACCGGGGCGUCCACAAACGACCCCAUCGCCUUCAUCAUCCAGUUGAAGGCGAGCCCGGCUCUGAAGACCUGGACGAGCGAUCUCUUCCCCAACCACUUCAUCCCGCUUUUCCUCCUCCUGCGCGGUGCCCGCCAAAAGUGGCACAAAAGCCCACGCGCCCCCUUCAAUGUCGAGGAGCACACCAAAACCGCCCGCGCCAUCGAUGAGUUCGAGGCGGUCAGCAAGUUCGUCUGGAACACGUCUUUUGUUGCCUUUUGGUUGAUCCGUGCCGGCCUCAUUGGCCCCCUCACGUGGCGGGAGACGAACAAGGACGAGGUGGAGAGUGGGGAUGAGCAAGAGGAGAGGGGCCAGAACGGUAACAAUGGCAAUAGCGGGGACGAUGACAACGUGUUCGUCGUCGGGCAGCAGACCGGCGACCCGGGCGGAUCUGGACAAGAUGAGAAGAUGAACGACGACGACGUUUUGCGGGCUAUGAACGAUGCGUUCAAGCAAUUUGGUAUGGAUUUUGCUGUUGGGGAUUUGCAGGAUGUCCUUGCGCGCUUGCGCAUUCAAGAGGAGGGGACCGCCGCGGCCGCCGCUGACUCUGUCCCCGGUGAUCAGGAGCAGCAGUCGGCCAACCCAUCCCUCGAGGGGGAGGUGGUGGAAGAGGAUCAGCCGGGCAACCCAUCCCUCGACGAGGAGGUGGUGGUCGAGGAGGAGGAUCGCGACGGGGACGUCCAGAUGGCGGACGCUUAA